ACGACUACUGAGCAAGAAAUGGUAAGGAAACCUGACUAAUGUGCAUUCAGGCCAACACUGGAGCAGACGAACACGUCAACACAGGGUUUUCAUUAUGGAGAGGGUAGCACUAGCCGGCAGUGAUUUGAUGGUAUCACCGAUAUGCAUCGGCACCUGGCAGUUCAAUGGCGGCAAAGCAGAUGAAACUUGGCCAGCACAGGAUGAAACAGUUUCCAAGGCAAUAGUGGAUAAAGCCAUCGAGCUUGGCGUCAACUUCUUUGACACAGCUGAGGCUUAUGGUCUUCAUGAGUCGGAGAGGGUUCUCUCUCGAUGUCUUGCUGGAUGCAGACAGGAUGUCAUCAUUGCAUCCAAGUUUGGACGGCAUGAAGGGGGAAAGGUUAAGGAGUACGCUGCAACUGAUAUUGAACAGGCCCUCACAGCUAGUCUUCAAGCAUUGCAGACGGAUUACAUAGACAUUUAUCAGAUCCACUGGUCCGUGAAUAUGAGGGAUGUUCAUGAAACGGUGGCAGAGUUGAACCGACAGAAAUCUCUUGGUCGUAUCAGACAGUAUGGAAUCUGCAACUUUGGCUCAUCGAGUAUUGAAGAGUUCUUUGCUACCGGUGGCAAGCCUUGUUCAUUACAGGUUCCCUACAGCCUUUUGUGGCGAGCUAUUGAAUACAAUAUUCUGCCAACCAUCCGACAGCACGGCCUAUCGGUCCUUGCCUACUCACCACUACAACAAGGUCUACUGACAGGGAGGUUCCAUAAUGCAUCAGAGGUGCCGGAGGGACGUAGGAGGACUCGUCAUUUCAGCUCGGAUAGUACCAACCUGUCGAGACAUGAACAGAAAGGAGCAGAGGAAGAAACAUUCAAGGCAAUAAAUGACAUUCGUGAUUUGUGUAACAAGGAGAACAUCCCGAUGUCAUCGGCUGCCCUCUCCUGGAUCUUGUCACAAGAGGGCGCUGCUUCAGUCGUCGUUGGCUGUAGGACACCUCAACAGCUGGAGGACAACUGUAAACUCAUAAAACUGUCGCAGAGUGUUGUGAAGAGACUUUCGGAUUGCACAGCUGAACUGAAGGAAAAACUCGGUGACAACCCGGACAUGUGGGCCAAAACGUCUAGAUAUAAAUAAAAAAUAAAGACAUGCCACGCCAAUUCCAGUAAAGAAAAGGAAUUUGCCUUCUUCCUUGCUCGGAUUAUUAAAUCUGAUUAUCGCUUGCCAAUUAUAUUUGCCCCAUGUACUAGCUAUCCCUGUGCCUUCUCAAGAAGAGUAAGUGUUCCUGUUUUUUUUAAAGAACAAUAUCGAGCAUAGAUAAUCAGAAAUAUAAACAUUCAGCUUAAAAAAGUGAGUAACAAAACAGUCAUUUUCGUGUAUUUUGUUGGUCUGUAAGAGAGAGAGGGAGUUAUGUUAAUUUCCAUUUGUUACUUCUGUAUGACAUGGUAGAAUUGUCAUCAAUUGUAAUCUGCAGAAGUUGAAAAAAGGGAAAUAUAAGUGAAGUACAACUAAAAGCGGCUGCUUAAUUUUGUUUAUGUCUUUUAAAAACCUAGCUAGCAGUACAUAGAUUUAAAACUUUAUACUUAAAUUCUAAUAUAUUUUUCAAACAUCAUAUUAAAUUCUAAAUAGUGAAGUGAAUGAUUCUAUCAUAUUUUUAAGAAAAAAAAACUAUUCCAAAAUGUGAUGCAUGUCAUUAAACUUAUGUUUGUUACCUUUACAACUUGA